AUGGCGGACGACCAGGUGCACGAGGGUGCAUCAGUCAAGGAGCAGCUCGUUGAGGCCUGCCGACGGAACAACGUCGAACUCCUGACCGAGAUCAUCAACAACUGCAAGAGCGAGGACGAGAUCUCGAGUCUGAUGAACAACACCACCAGCGUCAUGGGCAACCACUUAUACCACGAGGCCGCGCUACAAGGGCACUACGAGGUGAUCGACCUCCUCCUCGACCAGCCCAACUUCGAGUGCGACCCCGUCAACCGGGUCGAGGGCGACACGCCCCUGCACAGCGCCAUCCGCUGGAUCAACAGCGAACCGCCGGCGCAGCGCGAGUUCGGCAACGCCCUGGUCGAGAUGAUGCUCGAGGCCGGCUCCAACCCGCGCGUCAAGAACAAGGCCAAGCUGACAGCCGUCCAGCUUGUCGACCCCCGCAACCAGGGCCUCAAGGAUCUGAUACAGAAGCACGAGUACGCCAGCCUGAACCAGGGCGACUUUGUCGACGCCAGCGAGAUCAAGGGCGGCGCCGGCGCAUCCAACCAGAACGCCUUCGUGGACGCCCAGCAGGACGAGGAGAGCGACGACGAUGCCGAGUUCAGCGGCAGUGACGACGAGGAGAGGGCCGAGUUCGAGAGGAGGAGAGCGGCCAGGAAGGCGCGGUAG